GUGUUAGGAAAUUGCGUACCCUGAAGAUUAACAUUUAUUAUGCUGAGAUUUGGGCAGCACCUCGUCAAGCCCUCUGUGGUCUUCCUGAAGACUGAGCUCUCCUUUGCUCUCGUGAACCGGAAGCCCGUGGUCCCAGGGCAUGUCCUUGUUUGUCCUCUGCGGCUGGUGGAGCGUUUCCAUGACUUGUGUCCUGAGGAAGUGGCCGAUUUAUUUCGUACGGUGCAAAGGGUUGGUGAUGUGGUGGAGAAACACUUCUGCGGCACCUCGCUCACCAUUUCAAUUCAGGAUGGCCCCGAAGCUGGACAAACGGUGAAGCACGUUCAUGUCCAUGUCCUUCCAAGGAGGGCCGGAGACUUCAGCAGAAAUGAUGAUGUCUACGAGGAGUUGCAACAACAUGACAAAGAGGAUUCCUCUGACAAGUGGAGGACAGAAGAAGAAAUGGCAGCUGAAGCAGCAAUUCUGAAGAAGUAUUUCUGAGAAAAUGAAAGACAUGCACCUAUACAGACAAAAUCCCAGCAGAAUUCAGACUAUAGAGUGGAUAAGCAAAUGCUAACUUCAUCUGACAAAUCUUAA